AUGGAUAAGACGUUCCUGACAGCAGAGGAGAACGCCAACCAGACCACAUGUCGAUCUCAGGCACUCUACAAGGUGCUACCCGAAGGCUACGACAAAGAAAUGCCGCCGCUGGUCAAGGGCAAAGCUCUAAGCGUGUACGUCUUCUUCUGGAUCAUCUCAGUUACUGAGAUCAACGAGAUGACGCAGGACUUCACGGUCGACAUGUACUUCCGCAUGCACUGGACCGAUUUCCGCAUCACCUACCCGGCCUGUGAAGAAUCGUCGUUUGUUAUAUUAGACCGAGAACAAAUCGAUCAAAUCUGGGUACCCGAUAUCUACUUCAUCCAAUCGAAGCGCUCCAAUCGUCACGAGGUGGUACGGAGGAACGCCGGUCUGAAGCUGACGAGAAAUAACGAGGUUCAGUUCUCAGAGCGACUCACCAUCACGAAGUUCUGCGCCUUCGACUUUCGCUUCUUCCCGCUGGACCGUCAGGCUUGUUCGCUAGCUGUUGAGUCCUACGACUUCAGCGGCAGUGAGAUCCACGUCUCGUUCAAAGAACCUGGAAUCUACCUCGAUAACUCCAAGUUCAAGAUCCCGCAGUAUCACCUCAGCAUGGUGAACCCGCACGACUGCUCCUAUGAGUACCUCCACGAGGGCAUGUAUCGCGUCAACCAAAGCUGCAUUCGAGCCGACUUCGUCUUUGAUCGCCAGUUUAGCUACUACUUUAUUCAGAUGUACUUGCCGUCAAUUCUCAUAAUCCUAGUAUCUUUCCUGAGCUUCUGGAUUCCUGUGGAUAACGUUCCAGGUCGCGUUUCUCUCGGAGUAACCUCUCUGCUGACCCUCGCCACCCAGUUUACAACAAUGCAGCGUUCGCUACCUCCAGUUUCCUAUAUGAAGGCAAUGGAUAUCUGGAUGCUCUACUGCAUCCUGGUUGUCUUUUUCGCGAUGGUCGAAUUCACCCUGGCGUAUCACUUCCGUGCCACAGUCGAUGAGCCUGAGAGCACCAAGUCGCAGGAUCUCUCCUCCCAAGAAAGCAUCAGCAAGGUAAAGGAAGGGAUUUCUCCUCUUGAGGCACCAGGCCAGCGUCCAAAAGCUCGCGAUAUUGCCGACAAUGCUCCGAAAGACUGGUCGCUGUCAUUGUUUCAGCAUUGGAAGCACCAGGCCAUGCGACAGCUUACUUCUAACAAUGGAAACUUCGUUGACAACGUAGCCAAGAUAAUCUUUCCUCUGGGAUUUGUUGUGUUCAACAUUGGCUACUGGAAUCAUUACGGACAUGGACAGAAAGGCGUGUCCGUGGCCAGUGGCUAAGGUCAAAAUGUGGUGGUAAAGGUGCUUCACUCUUUUUGCAGGACACAAAUGCAUGACAAAU